AAUUGCUUAUUAUUUUGCAAGAUCUUUAUUUUUCUGGUGAAGGAUUUGUGAUCGCUCCAGAGUGGAAAUGGAAAGCAUACAAACACAAUCCCGACCCCUUUCUCUUCAUCUACAUUCUCUGCCUCCAAAUCCAUUCAACAACACCAAACAAUUCCUCAAAAUCAAAGCCUCCCAAAACCCCAUCAAACUCCGGAAAUUUCACAAGUAUCGCAACAAGAAACACAAAUCAUCAUUCGCAGAGAAAGAUGCAUUUCCAGAAUCAUUACCACUCCACACCAAAAACCCAGGAGCAAUUUACAAAGACAUUCAAAGAUUCGCUAGGCAAAACAAGCUCAAGGAAGCUGUCACCAUCAUGGACUACUUGGACCAGCAAGGCAUCCCAGUUAAUGCCACUACCUUCUCUUCUCUUAUUGCCGCUUGCAUUCGAUCGAAAUCUCUAACUGAAGCCAAACAAAUUCAUACCUAUAUCCGCAUCAAUGGCCUUGGAAACAACGAGUUCUUGCGAACUAAAUUGGUCCAUAUGUACACAUCUUGCGGUUCUCUUGAUGAUGCCAAACAUGUGUUCGAUGAAUGUACUAGUACUGGUAGUGUGUAUCCGUGGAAUGCGUUGCUUAGAGGUGCUGUGAUAUCGGGUGGCAAAAGAUACCUUGAUGUGCUUUCUGCUUAUGCAGAAAUGCGAGAAUUAGGUGUUGAGUUGAACGUGUAUACUUUCUCUAAUGUCAUUAAGAGCUUUGCCGGUGCUUCAGCUUUUUGGCAAGGUUUGAAGACUCAUGGCCUUUUGGUAAAGAAUGGAUUGGUUGACAGUUCAAUUCUCAGGACCAGUUUGAUUGAUAUGUAUUUCAAAUGUGGCAAGAUUAAAUUAGCACAAAGAGUGUUUGAAGAAAUGCCCCACAGAGAUAUUGUUGUGUGGGGUGCAAUGAUUGCAGGUUUUGCGCAUAAUAGGCGUCAAAGGGAAGCAUUGGACUAUUUAAGAUGGAUGGUAAGUGAAGGAAUAUACCCCAACUCAGUCAUACUAACCACAAUCCUUCCUGUUAUAGGGGAAGUGUGGGCAAAGAAGUUAGGCCAGGAGGUUCAUGCAUAUGUUGUGAAAAGAAAGAAUUAUUCAAGGCAUUUGUCAAUUCAGUCUGGACUAAUUGACAUGUAUUGCAAAUGUGGAGACAUGGGCUUAGGUAGGCGGGUGUUUUAUGGCUCAAUGGAGAGGAAUACUGUUUCUUGGACUGCUUUGAUGUCUGGUUAUGCAUCAAAUGGGAGGCUUGACCAGGCUUUAAGAUCUGUAGCUUGGAUGCAGCAGGAAGGGUUUAGGCCUGAUGUUGUCACGGUUGCCACUGUUAUUCCAGUUUGUGCAGAGUUGAAGGCUUUGGAGCAUGGCAAGGAAAUUCAUGCUUACGCUGUUAAGAAUUUGCUCUUGCCUAAUGUAUCUGUUGUAACUUCUCUGAUAAAAAUGUACUCAAUUUGUGGGGUUUUAGACUACUCUGUAAAAUUGUUCGAUACCAUGGAGAGCAGGAAUGUAAUCUCCUGGACAGCUAUGAUUGAUUCCUAUGUAGUAAAUUGGUGUAUAAAUGAAGCAUUGUCCGUAUUUAGGUCAAUGCAGUUGUCAAAGCACAGGCCAGACUCUGUUGUGAUGGCAAGAAUGUUGAGUAUUUGCAGCAAAAUUAAAGCUUUGAAGCUUGGGAAGGAGAUUCAUGGGCAUGUCUUGAAGAAAAAUUUUGAGACAAUUCCUUUUGUUUCAGCAGAAAUUGUGAAGAUGUAUGGGAGCUGUGGAGUGAUUAAUGGAGCAAAAUCAGUUUUCUAUGCAAUUCCUGUCAAGGGUUCAAUGGCAUGGACUGCCAUUAUAAAGGCAUAUGGAUAUAAUAAGCUAUGGCAGGAUGCAGUCCGCCUCUUUCAUAAGAUGAUAUCUGACGGUUUCACUCCCACCCAUUUCACUUUCAAAGUUGUUCUCUCAAUUUGUGAUGAAGCUGAAUUUGCAGAUGAUGCUUGUCGGAUAUUUGAUAUAAUGUCUCAAAGAUAUAAAAUUAAGGCAUCUGAAGAACAAUAUUCUAUUAUCAUUGGACUUCUUACCCGUGCUGGUCGCAUCCAGGAGGCUGAAAGAUUUAUAAAGAUGAGUUCUUCCUCGUGAGAAAAAUUUGAUAGUUUUUGUAUUAAUUGAGUUCCUGCAACCUUCUUGAGUUUGUUCAAUACUUCUUGGAAAUUGUAUAGAUUUGUGCCUUCACAUAUCAUAUGAAAGUACAAAAAAAAAAAAGAAUUUCUUUUAUUUGCCUUGAACAUGGUGUUUUAAUUUCAUGGUCAUGACUAACAUGCUGGAAGACAAAGCAAUCUCUUGUGUGCUAUCUUGCAAAUAAGUCCAUAGAUAGGAUGGAGAAAGGUCACCUUUCAUAGUUUCAUUGGAUAGCUCAACCGCUAGAGAAAGAAGGAAAAGAAGAAGAGGCCAAGGAGGCAUACAAAUUAGAAGUGGUGCAAUGUGUUGAUUAUAUUGGAAGGCACAAGCCCCAAUUACAAUGCAUGCUUGAGAUUCAUGUAAUAAUUUUCUUCCUUUUUUUAUUUUUUAAAUUGUUGCACAAAAUUUACGUUUAAGUUUCUUAGGCAUUGAUUUUUGAUUGCUAAGAAAGUAGUGGAAAUGCAGAAACUUUAUUAAACUUCUUCAA